GAGCGGAGCAGCCGCUGGCAGGGCCCUGCUCUGCUUCGGGAUUUUAUGCACCUGUCCGGGUUACUGCUCGCCCUGGAGAAGGAGGAGAAGGGACCUGUCCCGGCCAUGUGCUCGGUAAGCGAGGGCGGCAGCACAGACCCCUUCGUAGCCCGCUUCAGGCAGGUGGAGGAGACGCUGGAGAAGCUGCACCGGGAGAACAGGAGCCUGAAGAACAAAGUGCCUCGGUACAACGCGCUCUGCACCCUGUACCACGAGUCCGCGCAGCAGCUGAAGCACCUCCAGCUGCAGCUGGCGGCCAAGGAGGCGACGAUCCGGGAGCUGCGGGGCAGCCUGGCCCGGCAGCCGCAGCCCCCGGCGCCGGGAGAGGCGGCGGCGGGCGCGGAGCCGGCCCGCUCGCUGGUGGAGAGCCUGCUGGAGCAGCUGGGACAGGCCCGGGAACAGCUCCGGGACAGCGAGCGGCUCUCGGCGCGGAGGGUGGAAGCGCUGAGCCAGGAAGUACAGAAGUUGAAUCAGCAGCUAGAGGAGAAAAAUGGAGAGAUACAGCAGAUGAUAAAUCAACCUCCAUAUGAAAAGGAGAGAGAAAUCUUACGACUGCAGAAGACCUUGGCAGAGAAGGAGAAGGCUCAAGCCACCAGUGAUGUUUUGUGCCGUUCACUCACCGACGAAACUCACCAACUUCAACGCAAAUUAGCAUCCACAGCAGAAAUGUGUCAACAUCUGGCAAAGUGUCUAGAAGAGAAGCAAAGAAAAGAGAAAAGGAAUUCAGAUGACCAGAUACCUACUGAAAGAUCUAAUCAGGUUUUAGACAAUGAAACUUCACUUCAAGCUCUUAUCUGCAACCUACAAGAUGAAAACAGGAUGUUAAAACAAAAAGUGGCUCACGUGGAAGAUCUGAAUGCAAAAUGGCAGAAAUACGAUGCGAGUAGGGAUGAGUAUGUGAAGCGACUCCAUGUGCAGCUGAAAGAGAUGAAGACACAACUGGAGCAGCAGCACGGCCUGACUUCAGCACAAACUAAUUCUGACCUGAUGCACAAAGAGAUAUUCCGGCUAAACAAGCUACUGGAAGAAAAAAUGAAUGAAUGCAUGAAAACAAAGAGAGAACUGGAAGACAUGAAGAAGGCUAGUGAAGGAGAUAACGAGCGCAUACAAAUGCUUGAGCAACAGGUCCUCGUUUAUAAAGACGAUUUCACAUCUGAGAGAUCAGACAGAGAACGAGCACAGAGCAAAAUACAAGAACUUCAGGCAGAAGUUGCAUGUUUGCAACACCAGCUAGCAAGAAGACAGGACUCAAGAGACACAAGUAGUCAUUUCAGAGUUCAUGCUGGUAAACAAAAUCAUCUGUACCUACAGACGAAUGUGGAACAUCUACAGGGCAACAGCCCAGGCCAAACAGGCACGAGAAGGACACCUUCACAGUCUGAACAAGCUUCUCCUCCUGCGGACAAUGGAAACUCGGGAUCCGAAGGCAGGGCACAGGGUGAACUCAGAUGCCCUCAUUGCAUGAGGUUUUUCAGGGAUGAACUCAGUGAUGAAUUCCUCAAGCACGUUGCUGAAUGUUGUCAGUGACCGCGGGAUAUGAGGGGGUGUAAGUCAAUCACUACUUUAUAGACAUAAAACUUGGCUCUAUACAUAUCUCCUACAGUCCUAAACAAGAGUAAUUCAAAUGGAGAGCUCUUGGGAAUUAGGAGAAUGAACAAAAUCUACCUCUUGCUUAAUUUCACCUUCUCUUGGACUGUAUGAAAGGCCUCAAGAGAAAGCAAAGUGUUUUUCUGAAAAAUUAUUUUUGACAGCUACAAGGAAGAAGGCAAGCAUAAUGCAAAUUCUACUACAACUAAACUGAAACCUACGGUGGUAGCUCAGCUUCAGAGUGCAGCUUGACUCGUAUUUGGGUCUAAUUCUCUACCGCAGUCUGACAGCUUGUGAAAAAAGUUACUGAACUUGAAAUUUUCCUCUUCUUCCAGAAGUGCAGGCUGAAGAACAGGGAGGAACAUUUUGACAAAAGAUAGGAAAAAUCUUACUGUGCUUUAUCUGGAUUAAAAGCGAAAGUAUUUUCUGGUCUAUUGAUGUUGAACUUUCAGACGUAUCAUCUGAAAAUCCUUGUGUUUAACUGAAAUCAGAAGAGAUAAAAAAACCAUUAAAGGGCUGGUUAUUGACUAAAACUAGCCUGUCUUUUUGCACAGAGACAAGGUACAGGGAUAUUUAUAUUUUCUGUGCCAUAAGUAACUAUUUUACAGAUUUGUAAAUGUGUAUUUGUGUAAUUAUUGAUUAUAUUCCUAUUUUACCUAAGGAUUAUUUUUAUAAUAAAAGUGAUCGUGCAGUUGCUUUACUACAUUAGUAAGGGGGUUGAAAAUCUCUCUUUCAGUGUAAGUAUUUAAAUGUGAAAUAGUCCCAGUGGCUAUACUAAGGGCUAAUUAAAUGUCACUGCUUCAGAUAUGACUUAUUUCAUUACUUCAGUGAUAACCAGCUUCUCAGACUAUUUUCAAGUAUGUUGAAAAAAAAAAUCACUCACCUCUGAGCAGAAGAAUGACCUUUCAGAGGCAAAGGAACACGUUUAAUGCCCUACCUUGCCACACAACUAUGACUAUGCCAACGCUGCCUUAAAUUUCUUCUUGUCUGCACUGGAGAGAACUUCAACAAAUAGCAGGGGACUGCUUUGAGAAGAAGUAUCUGGAAUUAAAGUUUACAGACAUAAGAGCCCCACAGUUUUUCCCAGCCUUGGCUCCAAGUGUUUCUCACUGUGCAAGAGUUGGGGUUAAGGAUGGGAUACAAAGUAAAGGCCUGCUGCAACCAUGACACUUCAUAAUUAAAGAAAACAGACCUGUCUUCUGCUUUGCUUUGUUCCCUGUUCUACACUUUAGGAGGACUGUGGGUAUUUUUCUGGAUAUUUCCUUUUCAGGAUCCAGUUGCAGCCCUAAAGGAAGACAGUGGUUUAUGCCACUGUUGCCUUAGGUGGGAUAAUACCAAAAAAGAUGGCUGGGCCAUUGCACUUGCAUGCUGCAUGCAAUGGUUAUUAUUAAUCUAAUCUACAACUGCUUGCAAAUCUGUAAUUGAUUACUAGCUUGUUUUAACCAACACAUGUACAAACAUGCAGAAAUUUUUAUUUUUUUCCUUUUUUUAGUGACCAUUUUUACAUUGCCUUUUAAGGUCCUAAGAGAUCAGAUGCGGCCCACAGAAUAUAAGCUGAGAAACAUGAUUAAACUUCCUGUGGCAUAAACUAAUCUUACUUUUUCUGACUGGUCUCAUUAAACAAGCCUGGUUUACAGCUUCAGUGUACAUCAGUAUGAUAUUGCCAGUGACUGAUACAACAGAAUAGG